AUGCCUCCAACAAGAUCAUCGCCCGUCCUGAUCCUCAGCGACACCGACAGCGACGACGACGCCGCCACCCUCUCAAGGUCCGCCUCCGAGCGCUUCACGUCGUCCCUGUGCACACAGGCCGAGGUCGAAGCCCUCUGCAAGAAGCAUGGCGUCCCUCCGGAGUUCGCCGCGCAACCCGCCGUCGACCGGCGAGCGUGCACGCCGCCGCGUCGGGGGGCCAUCUGCGUGUACGCCCACGCGCUCGAGGCCGGUCUGCGCUUCCCGCUUCACGCCUUCUUCUCCGACGCGCUAUCCCACUUCCGCCUCGCGCCCAGCCAGCUCACUCCCAACGGUUGGCGCGUCCUGGUGGGCUUCUUCGUGCUCUGCCACUCCGCCGGCGUGCCGCCGUCGCUCGCCGUGUUCAGGCAUUUUUUCUCUCUGUCCAGCAGGAACGGCUGGUACGGCUUCAAGUGCAGGAAAGGCGCCGGAGCGCUCUUUACUGGCCUGACCAGUCCCAAAUCCGACAAGGAGUGGAAGAGGGGCUUCUUCUUCCUGACCUCGCCGGAGCCAUGGGCAUGCCCCGUGCGCUGGGGCGAGCCGCCGUCCAAUAUCUCCACCGCACGUCUGGCGCUAUCAAGCAAUGAUAAGAAAUCGGUGGCAAAGCUGAUCCACAAACACAGCGCCGCGGUUGAUCUCCGCACAUUCCUCUCGGAGAACAAUCUUGCGGCGGCCUUCUCCUCCAACCUCGCCGGCGCGUCACCACCACCGCCACUCCAGCUCCCUCCUCCUUCUACUGGUUCAGAAGGGUCCGAUCUAAUCCUGGACGAGGCUGUGGCUCCAGCCGAGAAGGUGAAAGCCGAGCCGGAAUGGGGCACACCGGAGUUGUCCCGUAAGAAGAGGAAAUUGGAGGAGGUCGCCAGCACAAAAUACGAACUUCGCCCUUCCGAGCGGAACACGCCACCUGCUGCUCCGACGAUGUUGUCAAUGCCCCAGGUCGCGAACUGCGAGACCCUGGGCUAUGCGAUGGAGCUGGACGAGAAUCAAACGGCGACGGAACACGACGCUGCCGCUCUGCGGGAGCAGCUCAAGGAGAUGAAGCGGGUGAUGGAGGCGGAGAGGGAGAAGGCCAAGGUCGAGCUGGCCGCGGCGAAGCAGGCGGCAGAGACGGCGGUGGAGAGUGCCAAAACGGCGGCGGUGCAGCAGUUUCUGGGGUCCAAGGAGUACACGCGGCGGGUCGCCGAGCAAGCGCUGGCGGCGUACGAGCGCGGCGCGGAGGUCAUGAAGAACGUCGCGCUCCGGCUGAACCCACGUCUAGACGCCGCCAAGCUGCUCCUGCCGUUGCCGCUGGAUUAGCUCGUCGCGCCUCGACGCCGCCCGACUGAUCAUUCGGCUUAAUUAGCUAGCUCACCGAUUAGCUUGGAACUCAGAGCCGCUUUUGUUGAUCUUUGUGUGACCGCUUUUGUUUCAUUGCAUCCUUUU